UGUUGUGAUUUGGUGAUUGUGGGCAGUCAGAGCGUCUGAGACGCAGGCUGUAAUCUCCUCCUUAGAGAUGAACAGCCUAUUGUCUUUACCUCCGGCAGCUUUGAUUUACAGCAUGUUUACCUACAUCAGGGGAGAUCGGUCAGAUCACUUGUGUAGCUAUUUGUUGGCAGUGUAAUCCAGUAUUGUAUGCCUGCGUUAGCUGAGUGAUGUACUCCCACGCUUCAUUACUCCUGCGGGGCUCGGCUGCGGCAGAUUGAUAUCUCUUCGUACCAGAUGAGGAACGAUGCUGGCCAUGGAUCAAGGUGUAGUGGAGGAAUGGCUGUCUGAGUUUAAGACACUUCCAGAGACGGCCAUCUCCAGCUACGCUUCGUCUCUGAAGGAAAAGGGCUCGCUGGUUCCUGCACUUUACAAAGUUAUCCGGGAGAAUUACAGUGACCUCCUGGAGCCGGUAUGUCACCAGCUCUUUGAGUUCUACCGCAGCGGGGAACCUCGUCUCCAGCGCUUUACGCUGCAGUUCCUGCCAGAGCUGGUGUGGAGUUACCUGUCGGUCAGCGCUGGCCGGGACCCCCACUGUAGUGGCUGUAUCGAGGCCCUCCUGCUCGGCAUCUACAACCUGGAAAUAGUUGAUAAAGAUGGUCAAAGCAGAGUACUGUCUUUCACCGUCCCCUCCUUAUCCAAGCCAUCAGUAUACCAUGAGCCCUCUGCGAUUGGUUCAAUGGCCUUAACUGAAGGAGCUCUGGCCAAUCACGGGCUGAGCAGAGUUGUUUACAGUGGACCCCACCUCCAGAGAGAGACCUUCACGGCACAGAACAGGUUUGAAGUGCUGACGUUUUUGCUGCUCUGCUACAAUGCUGCUCUAAGCUAUAUGACCAGCUCAUCCCUCCAGUCUCUCUGUCGGCUGAGCUCCAGAGUCAGUAUCUGUGGCUAUCCAAGACAGCAGGUGCGGAGGUACAAAGGCAUAAACAGCAGAAUGAUGGUGACGUCAGAGUUUCUUGUCCAGUUGAUCACAGGCAUCCACUUUGCUCUGUGUAAUGGAGAGUCAGAGCUGGGCUCCAAAGCUCUGGAUGACGUGCUGUAUCGAGCCCAGCUGGAGCUCUACCCAGAAGCCCUGCUGGUGGGAAAUGCCAUCAAGUCCUCGCUCUGCGGAGCUGCUCUGAAGUCAAAUAAGGAAGGGACACGGUCCAUCCAGGUUGAGAUCACGCCCACUUCCUCCAGGAUCUCCCGGAAUGCAGUCACCAGUCUUUCCAUCCGCGGGCACCGCUGGAAACGGCAUGACGCAGUGGAUCUGGGUUCCCCGGAUGAGCUGAUGGAGAUCUCGGAGGUGGACGAGGGCAUCUGCACACAGCCCAGCGCUCAGGGGGGCAGCCCUCCUACCAUUGUUGUCAGCAACGCCACCACGGCUGUUAGUGGGAAGCUGAUGGGGAAGGGCCUGCGCCGCCUGGGGGGAAGCCGAUCCAGUAAAGAGAAGGAGAAAGAGAAGGAGGGGGGGGCGGAUCAGCCCUCACGGAAGCAGUCAGGCAACCGGGCCAUGAGCGAGAACCUGGAGCUGCUGUCCCUCAAGCGCCUCACGCUAACGUCCAGCCAGUCAGUGCCUAAGGCAGGCACACUGAGCCUGUCCCGCACAGCCAGCGCAGUCUUCUCGCGCUCUUUCGAGCAGGUCAGCAAUGCCCUGGCUGCGGCCGCUGGCGCCCAGCAGCAACCGGUGCCCUCCAACCCGGUAGCGAGCCCCACCCCCAACCACCACCACUUCUCCAGGGAGAACCGUUACUCUGCCUGCAGUCUGCAGGAGGAGCAUCUGAGCCCCAUCCAACACCAUCAGCAACAGCAGCGUUCACCCAGCAUCAGCCUGCACCUUGCCCCGGAUGUCUGACCCAGCCCACUUGACAGUAACUCCUCCCCCCAGGUUCUGCAGAAGGUGUGGAGUUGGUGGAUCGGUGACUAUACUGAAAGUCCUGAAAGCCCUGCCCCCAGCUGCAGUGGACCUUUUAGCCAUAAUCUGAAGACAAAUGACUCGCUGUUCAUUUCUAUCAAAAAGCCACUUUUUGAGGCUGCUGAAGAGAAAGAAGGUCCUAGCACUCCUGCCCCCUGGUGGCACUGAACCAAAACUGUUGCACCUUAAAAUAAAAAAGAAAAGUCUGUUUUUUAUUUUUGUGGAUUUCGUCAAUGGUGUGUUAAUCACUAAAAUGUUCUUUUAAAAAAAGUGUAUUUUUGAAGUAAGUGUAUAAAAAAACACAAACAAAACUCCCUUUUGCCCCAUUUGUACUUCAAGUUGUCUGUGAACUUUUUAAUGCUAUUGACUCGGUACUGAAGAUUGUACGUCAGGUUGUUAAAGGUAUUUUUGAUGCUGUAUUGAUUCGUGUGAGGCUGCGCUCAAGUAGCUUUUCAAAUAGGGUGUUGAUCUUGUGCAAACAUGACUUGUUUAUUUGUUUUUUUUGUUUUUUUUUUUGUUUUUUUAAAGAAAGAGAGCACAAUUAUGAGAAUAUCCUUCCCCUUUUUAUGUACUGAGCUUUGAUGAAAGCCAUCAACAUUAGACUUAACGCUUCUGACAUUGUGGCAGUAUGUGCGGUUUGCGCCCCCAGUCGAGUUCCAAAUUAAUAGCUGGUAGAAAUAGAGACUCGGAUACAAAACUUAGUUUAGAUCAAGUCGUUAAUGUUGUAUUUCUGAAGCAAUAUUGUUGUUUUGACAGCAGAUGUGAGGGCCUGUCUCAUGAAGCAUGUUCAGCUGCAUUUUAGAUUCAUAAAACCUAAUAACGAAGGCGGUUAACAGCUUCCUGUUAACCCAGGUUUAGACAGGCUGUGACUAAUUUUCAUACACCUGCCCAUGAAAACAGCCAGUAAAGUGAAGCAUGAUGAGGCGUCAGCUCAUUUUUCAAGGAUGGAAAAUUAUAUCUUCGUAAAUAUGUAGGAAGUAGUAAAAAAAAUAAUGCUUGCAUUCUUAUGUUUCUAUUCUAUUCAUGUAGUAUGAUUUACCUCGUCUGUUAAAGUGUUGUGAUAUCAUGAAGUAAUAAAAAAAAAAUACCACUGGAGUCCCCCUCUGCCCAUCAUGAGCUUUUGAUGAUCUAAAAUCCCAAACUUAACCUGCCUUUGAGCAGGUUAGGUGAGCAGCAUAGGCUGACGCAUUGAUGUAGGGCCAAAAAAGUGAUCCACCUUCAUGAAAAUCCAGGGUUGCAUCAAGCUAAACUUAAGAAAUUCUGCUUUGUGAGACGGACUCUUUUAAAUCUGUUUUGUAAACAACUUUUAGUAGUAAGCCUCCCACCUCCUUUUUUUUUUUACAUUGUAUAAACAAAGGUAUUGCCCCCAUGACAGCAAGAAUGCAGUAUUAACAACAUGACUAAGAACCAGUGUGAUGGAAGGUUAGUGUUACAGCCACACAAACUCCUGUCAUUCUCUAUGAUGUGAUCUCUGUUAUUGAAAAGAGGAUCCAGUGUGGUCCACUUUGUUCUCUUUUUUUUUUUUUUUUUUUUUUUUUUUUUUUUUUUGUGGUUAAAUUUAGCAACUCUGACGAAACACUGUGGUAGUGUACCGAAGUUGUCUAUUUCAGGAUUUUUUUUCUUUUUCCACUUUUGUUUUAGAAUAAAUAUCUGAUUAAAAAUGGUUGGUGCUUUAUUUAUUUAUUUAUUUUUUAUUCCUAAAUUUGAACAGUAAUAAUUGUGUGUAUGUUUUACAAAGUAUGAAACUGUGCAUUUUGUCUUUUUGCCUUUUGUCACAAAGCAACAUUGAUAGAACUUCUUGGACAAUAAAAAUGACUAUACUUGA